GCUUCCGGCUCAGGGGUCGCGGUGCCGCCCCCCCCCCCGCGGGGCAGAGUGUGGGGGUCUCCCCCAUGCUGCAGCUAGUGGGUUAGCGGGAACCCAGGAGUCCGGGGGAACCCCUCCCAUCUCGUUUGGGGGGGGGGCUGGCUGUCGCCCCCUCACCCCCCUGACAUUAAAGAGUGACUCCGAUCGGGGGCGGCAGAGCCAGGCCGCCUCCCGUCCCCGCGUCCCCCCGCUGGGGCUGGAUCGGAGCCAGCGCCCCCGAGAGGGGAAAGGCCCCGGGUCCCUGCGGAGAUGGCGGCCCCCCGGCGGCUGGGGCGGAAGAAGCCGGUGCCCGCCUGCCCUAACCCCCUCUUCGUGCAGUGGCUGACCGAGUGGAGGGAUGAGGCCGCUGAGAAGGGCAAGAAGACCCAGUUCGUGUAUCAGAGGGCUCUGGGCUCCCUUCGAAGGUACCCGCUGCCCCUGGACAGUGGGCGUGAGGCCGCGAUUCUGCAGCAUUUUGGGGACGGGAUCUGCCGGAGGCUGGACGAGCGGCUGGAGAGGCACCGUGCUGAGCAGGGUGCAGAUGCCCCCCUUGAAGCCAUGGGAAGGGCCAGCCCCUCCAGGGGGGGCCAGGAAAGUGAUCCCCCUGGCACAGAGCAUCGCUCCCUCAACAACCCCUCUGCCUCACAGACCUUACUUGGGGAUUUGGAGCCUCCCCCCACGAGGAAGGCCCGUCCCCCCCGGCAGUAUGUCCCAGCCCCACACUCUGGGGCCUAUGCUGUGCUGCUAGCCCUCUAUAAGGACAGCAUGAGCCCACGCAGCCGGGGGUUCCUGACGAAGCCUGAGCUGCAGCGGGCAGCUCAGCCGCUGUGUGACAAAUCCUUCACCCUGGUCGACCCUGGAAAUAGGUACACGGCUUGGGCAUCGGUGGGUACCUUGAUCCGCAAAGAGCUGGUGCUGAAAACCAAUGUCCCAGCCAGGUACUCUCUGACACCGCAGGGGCUGGUGCUAGCCCAGAGGCUUGUGGCUGUGGAGCAGGCCCUGAUUUCAGAGGGUCGAGCCCCAGAAUCCAAGACACCCCAGGGCACAGAGCCCACGGAUCCUGCUGGGGAGGAGAAACUGCGCCCAGAGCCCCAGCUGCUUGACAGUGCCCUGGGACCCCUGGAGGGGACAGCAGGUGGCUCUGGAGGGCAGAGGCCCCAUGACCCUGAAUUCGUGCUGAGACCUGGCCAGUUUGACAUCAUCCUGUGUGUGGAUUUCAUCGAGACCAUGGGUGGCCCAGCGGCCCGGAAGCAGGACCUGAUGGCUGAGCUGCACAGGAACGCUGUGCCCUUCGACGUGCGCAAGCUGCAUGUGGGGGACUUCAUGUGGGUCGCCCGUGAGAGAGUCCAGCCCCGUCCAGGGCAGCUGCACCUGCCCCCAGCGCAGGAGCUGGCCCUGGACUAUGUGGUGGAGCGGAAGCGAAUGGCUGACCUGUGUGGGAGCAUCAUCGACGGGCGCUUCCGUGAGCAGAAGUUCCGUCUGCGUCGCUGUGGCCUGCGCCAUCCCAUCUACCUGCUGGAGGAAUCUGGAUCGACCCAGCACCUGAGCCUGCCCGAGAGCACUCUGCAGCAGGCAGCCACCAGCACCCAGGUAGUGGAUGGCUUCUUUGUCAAACGCACCCGUGACCUGCGGGAAUCAGCUGCGUAUCUGACCAUCAUGACACGUCAUCUGAAUAGCCUGUAUGGGAACAAGACCCUGAUGAGCUGCACCAAGGAAGAGUCUCAGGGCCGCGGCCCACUGCAGCCCAACAGCGACUCCUGCACCCUAAUGACCUUCCAGGAGUUCAAUGAGGGAGCUGUCAAGAACAAGGCCCAGACUGUGCGUGAGGUGUUCGCUCGGCAGCUCAUGCAGAUCAGUGGCGUGAGCGGGGAGAAAGCAGCCGCCAUUUUGGAGAGAUACAGCACACCGGCCAGUUUCCCCUACUCUAGAAAGCUUGGGGGCUGGGAGCCCAAGUCCCUGCCCCCCCUCACUGUCUGUCUCCACCCCAUCAGCCUGCUGGCCGCCUACUCUACCUGCCCAGACCCUGAGAGCAGGGACAAGCUGCUGAGCACCAUCAAGUGUGGCAAACUGCAGAGGAACCUGGGCCCUGCCCUGAGCAGGACACUCUCCCAGCUGUACUGCAGCCCUGGCCCCCUCUCUUGAACAGGGGGAAUCUCAUCUGUCCUGUUGCCAGGGACCCCGGCACCUCAGGCUUCGCCCUGGGCCUAGUGCUCUAGCUGGGGACUGCAGGGGUGCUGUAGCCCUUCGACAGGGUGCUGCUGGGCAGGGAGCCAGCUCCCUUGUCCCGGGGCAGAACGGUCAGGUGGGGACUCUGCCUCUGUGGGGUGUACGCCCAGGGGGCAUGGUGGCCUUGCAGGGAGGGAGGCUUCUGGGUGUGUGUAGAAGGACUGUCUAGGGCUUUCGGCCCCAGUGUUUGUUUUAAUGAGUCUUUGUAUUUCCCUUGUUCCAAUAAAUUUGAUUAUUCCUUUGUU